AUGGCGCGCGACGACAGAGCUAAGCGAGCCCACAGCCAACGGAAUCAGAUCGAAGCUCUGAAGUCCUGCCGCGUCCAGUCCCCGCGGCUCCACUCAGUGCGCCCGGCGCGGCGGGAGCGGGGGUCCGGGAUCCCACCCGGAUCGGUGCAGCAGCCGCGGACCGGGAUCAGUCACAAAUCCGGGAUUAAUCCAGGGUCGUCUUGGAUGCAGCGGGUCCGGGAUCCGUGCACGAGCACCGGGAUCCGUGCACGAGCACCGGGAUCAGUCCGGGAGCAACAGGUCCGGGAUCCGACUAAGAUUCGGGAACCACGGAACCCGGGAACAGUCUGGAUAAAUCGGGAUCAAUCGAGGAAGAGCGCAUCCGGAAUCAAACUGGAUCAACCGGGAUCAAAUCAGGAUCGACCCGGGAGCAGCCCGGGAUCCACCCGGGAUAGUGGGAUCAAUGCACCGCCAGCGGAUCCGGGAUCGGACCGGGAGCCGCCCGGGGUGGCAGCGGGAUCCGCCCGGGAUCUCAGUGGGAUCAAUGCACCGCCAGCGGAUCCGGGAUCGGACCGGGAGCCGCCCGGCGUGGCAGCGGGAUCCGCCCGGGAUCUCAGUGGGAUCAAUGCACCGCCAGCGGAUCCGGGAUCGGACCGGGAGCCGCCCGGCGUGGCAGCGGGAUCCGCCCGGGAUCUCAGUGGGAUCAAUGCACCGCCAGCGGAUCCGGGAUCGGACCGGGAGCAGCCCGGCGUGGCAGCGGGAUCCGCCCUCCCGGAGUCGACCGGGAGCAAGGAUGCGAUGCAGCCCAAGAGCUGGAGCGGGUCGAUGUCCCUCAGCCUGGGCACCGUGGUCCGGGUGCGGGAGAAGAAGGGUCGGCUGAGGGCGGCCAUCCCCUACAUGCCCUUCCCGCUGGCUCUCUUCUGCCUGUUCUUAAACACCUUCAUCCCCGGAAUGGGAACCUUCCUGUCAGCCUUCACGGUGCUGUGCGGCGCGCAGACGGACCUGCAAAACCGCCACGUGUGCUGCGCCUUCCUGCUCAACGUGGCUGCCGCCUUCAUUCAGAUCGUCACGGCGGUGGUGAUCGUGGGCUGGAUCAUGAGCAUCUUCUGGGGGAUGGACAUGGUCGUCCUGGCCACCUACAGGGAACAAGGAGUUCGUCCUCAACAGCUGUAGUUCUCCAGCGGUCUUCAGGGUGUCAAACGGCACCCCCACCUUCCCCCAUCUGCAACGGUCCUGGGGCAUCCCCGCCGGACACCUCUGAAGACCCCCUCCCCCAGAACCGGGACGAGGCUUCGAGUGGGGCGAUUGGGGAGGGAGACCAAGAUUAAACACAGAGCACCGGAAAGGCUCCCCUUCCCCACCCCGCCCGCUCCCCUGAAUCCCCGUUCAGUCACCCUACAGUCAACCUGCCUCGCUGGCCCCUCCUCCUCCUCGUUACAAGAGCAACACUGUGGUCACCGUUCCCCAGGGAGCUCCGAACCCAGACUGAACAUCGAGCUCCCCGGGAAAAUUCCCACGGCGACCCUUUCUCGCUGAUCCCGGGAUUCCCCGAGUUAAACCCUCUGUAGUGUGGCCUUUGCAAUAAAUGUUCCACACCACCCCUCGUUUUUAAAAAGAACGUUCCGAGUUUUUCUCCUUUCGAAAUAAAAAGUAUGUUGGAGC